AUGUCAAAUUUACUUGAACAACUUCGUGAAUCAACAAUAAUAGUUGCUGAUACAGGUGAUUUUGAAUCAAUAAAAAAAUAUAAACCAACUGAUGCAACAACAAAUCCUUCAUUAAUAUUAGCUGCUGCUAAUAUGAAACAAUAUGAUAAUUUAAUUGAAGAUGUUAUUAAUAAAUGUCGAGAAAAUAGUUUAACAACAACAACAAAUGAACAAACAAUAAUUGAUGAUAUAAUUGAUAAUAUAUUUAUUUCAUUUGGUGAAGAAAUUCUUAAAAUAAUACCAGGCCGUGUUUCAACUGAAGUUGAUGCACGUCUUUCAUUUGAUUGUCAAGGACAAAUAAAUAAAGCUAAACAUUUAAUUGAUUUAUAUGAAAAACGUGGAAUAUCAAAAGAAAGAAUUUUAAUUAAAUUAUCAUCAACAUGGGAAGGUAUACAAGCAGCUAAAGAAUUAGAAGAUAAAUAUGGUAUACAUUGUAAUAUGACAUUAAUUUUUUCUUUUGUACAAGCAUUAGCAUGUGCUGAUGCUCAAGUUACAUUAAUAUCACCUUUUGUUGGAAGAAUUUAUGAUUAG